CCUGGAAGUCAGCGGUGUGAAGCGGGCGGUGCCGUGUUUCUACAUCCGGUGUGUUCGAACCUUUAACGAGUAGUGAAGGCAGACGAGCACUGAAGAAUAGAGAGAGUUGCUAAAGAUACUUUCCCGUUAGCCCGAAACACCAGUAAUAACAAGUAACACCAAAACCCACAGACCAAGCUCCAGUCAUUCGUGUACAUUUGGUGUGACACAUACACAAGCUGUGUGCGGACCGUCUGGAUUUUAUCAGCGAAGGUCUUCAUGACUUUGUCCUUUUUCGGCAAAUGUUGAGGCCCAAGUUCAGCUUGUGCAACAACUGUUAGAGGCACUGCCAGUGACCAGGGCUGUGGCGGGCCCGGCCCAGGAGGCCUUUUUGUACAUCACUUCAGGCUCCUGCUGACCUGUGCUGCUCACGUCAUGGAUCAACAAAGAGAUAAAUAUGGUGAGCGGCCUGCCAGGAGCACUAAAGUUUCCCAAGGAAGCCGCAGUGGACACUCGUCACGACCAUCUGGCUCCUCCAGUUCGUCUGGGGUCCUCAUGGUGGGGCCAAAUUUUCGUGUGGGUAAGAAGAUUGGCUGUGGAAACUUUGGUGAACUGAAACUUGGUAAAAAUCUCUAUACCAACGAAUAUGUAGCUAUUAAACUGGAACCAGUGAAGUCGAGGGCACCACAGUUGCAUUUAGAGUACCGGUUUUACAAAACACUGGGAACUACAGCAGAAGGUGUACCCCAGGUGUUUUACUUUGGGCCCUGCGGGAAAUACAAUGCCAUGGUUCUGGAGCUGCUGGGCCCAAGUCUAGAGGACCUCUUUGACCUUUGUGACAGGACCUUUUCACUGAAGACUGUCUUAAUGAUAGCAAUUCAGCUUAUUUCUCGAAUGGAGUAUGUGCACUCUAAAAAUCUCAUCUAUAGGGAUGUAAAGCCUGAAAACUUUCUCAUCGGAAGGCAAGGGAAUAAAAAGGAGCACAUUAUCCACAUCAUUGACUUUGGCCUGGCCAAAGAAUACAUCGACCCCGAGACCAAAAAACACAUUCCAUACCGGGAGCAUAAGAGCUUGACUGGCACUGCCCGAUAUAUGUCCAUUAAUACACAUUUAGGCAAAGAGCAAAGCCGGCGAGAUGACCUGGAGGCCUUAGGCCACAUGUUUAUGUAUUUCCUUCGUGGGAGUUUACCUUGGCAAGGACUAAAGGCUGACACGUUGAAAGAAAGAUACCAAAAAAUUGGAGACACUAAGCGAAAUACUCCCAUUGAGGUCCUCUGUGAGAACUUCCCAGAGGAGAUGGCCACCUACCUGCGAUAUGUGCGACGGUUAGACUUCUUUGAAAAGCCUGACUAUGAAUAUUUGAGGACUCUCUUCACUGAACUGUUUGAGCGAAAAGGAUACACAUUUGACUACACGUACGACUGGGUUGGCAGGCAGAUACCCACACCAGUGGGGUCUGUCCAUAUAGACUCUGGAGCAUCUGGUGUCACUAGAGAGAGCCAUCCUCACAGAGACCGGCCCACACAGCACCCACCAAUUAGAAAUCAGACAGCAGUCUCAGAUCGACGAGGAGCAUGGGAGGUGCAGCCCACACGCCAAGCAAACUCCUCCUAUCUGACCUCCCACCUGGCAGCGGAUAGGCAUGGGGGCUCAGUGCAGGUGGUCAGUUCAACCAAUGGGGAGCUGAAUGCAGAUGAUCCACAGCAAGCUCAUUCCAAUGCUCCGAUUACAGCUCAGGCAGAGGUGGAAGUAGUCGACGAGGCCAACUGCGUGAAAAUACUCAACCUGUGGUGCUGUUGUUUCUUCAAGCGAAAACGGAAGAAGAACACGCAGAGGCACAAAUGAUUUAUUCUCCCACCGGCUUGAAACGUUCCAAGUGUCUGGCUCAGUUGAUUGUGAUUUCAGAAAUCAAUAAGGCCCCAUUCAGAAUAAAAGAGGGAGAUGACCGAAAGAGCUUGAUUGAAUUGUCCUCUGGAGGGGCCAGUUGAGAUGUACAAGACAUGUCUUUCUUUUUUCUUUUAUUUUUCCUCUCCAAGAUGUGUGGGAAUGUUUUGCAGGCCAGUCCGCCAAAUGGGGAACCGUUCUGUUGGAAUUUUGCAGAGGAUACACCCCCCUCCCCCCAUCAGAUACCCGCAGUUUUCUCUUUUUGUUUUUGCCAUAUUUUUUUACUCCGGUUUCUCUUGUGAAAGAAGAGAUGGAUCUUCUGUGGAGCCUUGUCGCAUUGGACCUGUUGUGAUUUCUUUGUUUGAUUCACAAAAUCAUAUUUCCCCAUCUUGUCAAGUCCCAGUGGUUUGCCCCUCAUUAGUUUACCAACUCGUUUUUGACACAACAGCCCUCUUGGUCAUUCUUGACACGGGUCUGAAUGUAAACCUAAACACACAAAGAGCCAAGAGUAUAACUGCCUUUAUUCACUUACAGGCACAGAGAGCAUCAGUCUGCCGUUUGGCCCAUGCACCCCCUCAAA